AUGGACAACCUCCGCGACACAAUCUCGAACGUCUCCCUGUACGACGUCAAAGCGUACGUACGCAAGGCGCAGAACGCCGUGCUUAAUUUCAGUGACACUGAGGCGAAGGUGCGGGAGGCCACCAACAACGAGCCAUGGGGGGCCUCGACGUCGUUGAUGCAGGAAAUUGCUGAUGCGACCAACAGUUACCAGCAAUUCCACGAGAUCAUGCCGUUCAUCUACCGAAGGUUCACGGAAAAGAGUGCAGCCGAGUGGCGUCAAAUUUACAAGGCUCUGCAGCUGCUAGAAUACCUCGUCAAGAACGGCUCCGAGCGGGUGGUGGACUACGCCCGGUCGCACACUGCAGUUAUUGACAUGCUUGGCCAUUUCCACUACGUCGACAAGACGGGCCGCGACCAGGGUGUGAAUAUUCGGAACCGAAGCCAGGAGCUUCUGGCACUUCUUUCCGAUGUGGAGAAAAUCCGGGCCGAGCGUAAACAAGCCCGCAUUUUGAACAAUAAAACCGGGGUUACCAGCACCGGCUCCAGUGGGCCCAACCGGGGUGGUUUUGGCGGCACUGGCAAAAAGUACGGCGGGUUCGGCUCUUCGUCGAUCCAAUUCGGCGGCGGCGGAUACUCGCAGCAGGUGUACGGCGACGGCGGCGGCUUCAACGGGUCGAACUACGAUCCUGACGACCACCACGCUGGUUCGCAGGACGACGGGUUCGAGGAGUACGAUGCAGGUUUGCCCAGUGCGGGAAACUCGAAUGCACAAGCGCAAACAACUGCAUCUGCUGGUCAGGACAUGAUAGACUUUGGGAAGCCGCAGAUCCCGUCCAAACAGGCUGACGACGCCGACGACGACGACUUUGCCGACUUCCAAAGCGCGCCCAGCACGUCUGUCCCUACUCCUGCUUCCUCAAACAACAUUCUAGACCUAUUUUCCGUCGCUCCCCCGGCCUCAACGCCCGCUACAGCGGCACCUUCUCAACCGUUCGUGGCUCCUGUCCGUAACCAGCCCAUGGGCGGCGCCCAGCCUCCGCCUAAAAAGGACGACGUUUUUGGCAGCCUCUGGUCAACGUCCAAGUCCACCACGUCGUCGAGCGCCAAGAACCCGCUGGCCGCCAAGGCGCCCACCCCCACUACGGCUACGACCACGACGACCACGACUCCGGCCGUAUCGAGUGGUGACGAUCUUCUCACGUUUUAA